AUGCACCAACAAAAUUCUAAGUCAUUUAUGAUACGAAAUUUACUUGGGGAUUUAAUCAAAACACAGCCGGACUCCGAUUCCGAUUUAUCAAAUGAUAAUUCAGAAAUUGAUAUUGAGGAUCGAUCUUCACCGGAUUCCGAAGCAAUUAAUUGUCAUAAUGAUACCUACAGCCAUUUCUCAGCAGCACAAAUGCAUUUUGGUAACAAUGAGUCAAGCGUUGAGUCAACACAACAUUCGCCAAAUAUUGAAGGACCUCAAUUGAGUCACAACGGUUACUCGGAACACAGUAAAAUACCAGGUAUAAGUAAAUCAGGUAGAAAGCCCAGACGAAGACGCACAGCAUUCACGCAUGCACAACUUGCUUACUUGGAACGGAAGUUUCGCUGCCAAAAAUAUUUAUCCGUAGCUGACCGAAGUGAUGUGGCGGAGACAUUAAAUCUUUCUGAAACACAAGUAAAAACUUGGUAUCAGAAUAGAAGAACAAAAUGGAAACGUCAAAAUCAGCUACGUUUAGAGCAAUUGCGUCACCAAGCUUCUUUGGAGAAGGAGUUCGCUAGCGAAAAUGGUACUAGUAAUGCAUUGGGCUGUUGCCCAACAGGGUUGUCAACUUUUAGUCCUUCGAAUCCAUGUAACUUUUUGACUUCUGCUGCAGCUGCUGCCAUUUUUCGCAAUGUCGGUUACGUACACGGAUGUCCGUUGUAAAUUCGAUUUCCAUUGAGGCUAAGAAUUGUUGAGAAUUUAUUCACAUAAAGUUUUUAUUUAAUUUAGUUAAUUUAAUGAAGA